AUGGCACAGACUCCAGAAGCAGAGGCGUUCAUCCAGCGUGUUCUUUCCACUCCCCACCAACCAGGGGCCUCUCUCGACCCUCUCCUCCAACCAUCACUCGACGAUGAGACCGACUUACGCCGCCUUUUCGCGACAGACAAGGCCAACCCGCGUCUGAGCGACCCAUAUGUGGGCCUCGUGGAUGUUUUCGCCGCCCCCGUCGACAUUCGCACCACUCGGGCACGUGUUGUCAACACUGACCUCAACACGAAAUAUGUUAUGCCGCUUUCCGACCAGAAUCGUAGGAGCGACGGCGAGCCCUCCAUGGUUACUGAUAUUGACGAGUUCAAGAAGAACUGGGGCGUGUUUUCUGAGGGUUCAUUGAGCCAGUUGUUGGACUGGAAUAAUGUCGUCGCUGCAGGAGGGUCGGUUCUAGCGUGUUUGACCCCUCUUUCGCCAGAAGCCAAGGCCUCGAAACGGGCCAUUCGCAAGUACUACCACAGUGCCGCGUACCCAACCUCGGAUGUUGACCUUUUCCUAUGGGGUUUGACGCCCGAGCAGGCAGAGGCCAAAAUCGUCCAGAUCUACGAAGCGGUUCGCGACUCUGUCCCGUGGGAUGUAACUUGUGUGCGGACUAAGCAUACUAUAUCGAUCCACUCCCAAUAUCCUUAUCGGUCUGUUCAAAUCGUUCUUCGUCUAUACUCAAGUCCUGCGGAGAUUCUCGCUGGCUUUGACAUUGAUGCGCCAUGCGUCCUGUUUAAUGGCAGCCGCGUCUACGCCAACCCUCGUGCCAUUGUCGCCAUGAUGCGCCAAUGCAACACCGUUGACAUGACCCGCCGGUCUCCUUCCUAUGAGGUUCGACUCGCGAAAUAUAGUGGCAGGGCAUAUGAAGUCUAUGUUCCGACACUCUCGCGCUCGGACAUUGACCCAACUAUCUAUGAGCGCUCAAUUGCUCGUAUUACCGGCCUCGCCCGACUAUUAGUUCUGGAGAAGCUCACUGACACGGACACGCGUUUCAACUUCCUAGAGUCGCGUCGCACACUUCGUGGUCGCUCCAACCCACUCAAUCAAUACAAUCGACGCAACAAGCGCAAGUUUAAAGGCGAUCUCAAAGCAGAUUCCUCCUUGAUGGGCAUGGAGAUGAAUGACUAUGACGUUGCUUCGCUUCACAUUCCUUAUGGUCCUGGUUGGGAUGCUCGUCGAAUCGAUAAACUCGUAUAUCAAACUGACCUUGGGAUGAACUCUACUUUCAAUCCCAAGAACAAGGGCCGUCGGCUGCAUCGUCAUCCAGCUUUCUUUGGGACAAUUCAAGAAUGCAUUGAGGACUGUUGCGAGAACUGUCCCCAACCAAUUGACGAGGAUGAACGCAAACUUCAAGCUGACGAGUCCGAUAUGUACAUCCAAGGGCGUAUCUCCUUCAUUCAAGAAGACCCUGGUCGUCAAUCCAUCUCUGGAAGCUUCAACCCUAUUGAUGUCGGCGAAUGGAGUGCCCAAGUCUACAUUGGUCCAACCGAAAAGUUCUUCACUGCUAUUGCAUCUGGCGAUCGUCAUGCUGUUGCCAAACUGCUGAAGAAGGGUCAAGACGUCAACCGCCGCGACCAUGUUGGUCGAAUGCCUAUUCAUGUCGCUAUUCUCUGUCGUCAAGUCGAAAUCGCGUGCGAUUUGAUCGAUGCUGGGGCAAGAAUGACUUCUCGUUUGGUGGAUGGACGGACCUCUCUGCAUCUUGCGGCCCAAAUGGAUCUACUUCAAGUGGUCGAAAAAUUGCUGAAGAAAAGUACACAGAACAAGCAACAGCUCGGCGAGACCGAUAUCGACGACGAGAAGCAAGAUGCAGAGGUUGUUGACCCCGAUAGAGUUCGCAUGUCGUCAGAAGAUGACUGGAGCUCCGAUGAGGACGAUAUGGCUAUGUCUGACGAGGAUGCUGAUUCCGAGGGUAGUGAAGAUGCGAAACCGAAUAAGACCGCGGCGGCCAAAGCAGAUGCCCCAGCUGAUCAACCUGCAAACGCUGGAGACCUUCCUGAAGAGGAGUUCGAUACCCCUGACGUGUUUGACAUCAACCUUCCCGACUGGGAUCUCACGUAUUCUCCACUUGCAUAUGCUAUCGUCUUUGGCUCUCUUCCCAUUGUCGAAACUCUCCUCGCCGCCGGUGCCGAUGCCAAAGCCCCCCUGCAAUCGAAAAACACCAACUCUGCAGUCUUGCCGUUAACCCUAACAAUUGUCGGCCACGACGAAGACCGGAGUUGUAAGAUUGCCGAACGUCUAAUUGCAGCAGGGGCAUCUUGUUCGGCGUUGGACACGGGUCAUGAAGCUCGAACAAUCUUCUGCCGAGCUGUCGAAGCCGACAAGGCCAAACUUGUUGCCACAUUUUUGCGAUGCGAUCCCAAUGCGAAAGCAGCACUCAACUAUCCUCAAGUUGGAUGGAGUGGUGCUCUUACUCCGCUGGUUGCGGCUGUGUCUCUGGGUUAUUACUCGACUGUUGCUACUCUUGUGGCAUAUGGUGUCAAGAUAGAUCUUCCACAAGAAGACGUUGAGCGGGCCUUCGCCGAAAGCAAGCAGUACAGCUAUGUUUCCGACAAGCGGAAUAACUCGGGAAUUGAAGCCGCUUUGGUCCGUCAUGACGACAUGGUCCGUUUGCUCACUGAGCUUGGGGGAGAGAUCAACGCGGGCGUUAAGCAGGCGAUGCAACAAUAUAGUCGUCCAGAGAGUCGGAGAACCUAUCUAGACUGGGUCCGCCAUGCUGUUGCUUAUGCCGAAGACCGUAUUUCCGAGUUCGAAGCUCAAAUCAAUCCACCAGCAGCACCGGUUGCUUCGCCAGAUGAGACCUUGUCGGGAUGGGCAAAAUUCUUGGCGGAUCACAUUGCUGAAACGAAGCGCAAGACGUCUCAAGCGAAGAGCCAGGCGAAUGGACCGUCCUACGAAGAGCAGUCACGUGACAAGUGGCUGGAUGUCAAAGGUUACCUGGUCGAUACAGAGAAGUUUUUGGUGGAGAAAGGCGCCAAGACGUGGCAGGAAGUCUUCCCUGAUCAAGUCACCACCGCUUCUGAGGAAGAAUCUCUUCAAACCUUUGGCAACCGCCGGCAUGCAGCACGUGCAGCUCAAGCACUACUUUCGGCCACGAUGGCUGCCCAAGCCCCGAAAGGCCCCAAGUACUGUGCGAUGACCGGUGGCUGGAAUCAACAAUCCGUUCCAAGCUUCUCGGAGCGUCUUUAUGACGAGCUUUUUGAGGCUUGUUAUGCCGGCAAGAACGAUCGUAUACAGGAACUCUGCUUGCCACCCAAAGUCGUCACAAGUGACUCGGGUCCGUUACAAAUUGCAGUCUGCGUUGCUGACGAGAGUGGAAACCAGUAUAUGCGAACAGGAUUCACUCCCUUGUUUGCUGCCAUUUCCGGGAAACACUGGGACACCGCGCGUUUGAUUGUGACGAUUGCUGCUGCACAGUAUAAAGCCCCAGAAGAUAAGAGGAAGUUCACUGUUGAUGUCGAUUCUGAUGAAGAUUCCGACGGUGACUCAGAGGGAUACGACUCUGAUGGUACCGUUGAACAAGCAGACAUCGACUUCGUGGACAUAGCGAAGCGCCCAUCCUCGGUUCAGUGCAAUGCUUCUCCGCAAGAUCUACUUCAAGCGGGCAACAAUGGAGUCGAGCCUUUCUCGACAGCCACCUUCAAAGACGACUUUGACCUAUUCAUAAACGCCUUCAGGCUUUACAAGCACUCGCCGAUACAUGCCGAGCUUCCCAACUACCUCCUCAGCAAUAUUCUCUCGUGGGACCGCCCCGAAAUGUUAGACGAGUUUAUCCGUCGCACUGGUCAGGGUAUCAAAAUCGAGACUCCCAAGUCUGACGAGUUGGCCCCGGUUGUUAACGACCAGAACAAGUUGUAUCUUGGCUUGAAUGUUCACGGGAAGAAGCGCAUGGAUCUUGCGAAGCGCAACGACCCGAAUGCAAGCAACGAGACGGACAAGUUCGAAGCUCCGCUUGUAUGGCGAGCGAUAUCUUCCAACGCCAAGAAGGUCCUCGACUACUUGUUGAGCGAGCGACCAUUGGAGGCAUACCGUUAUUACGCAGCGACGAACAAUACCGACACCUCUAGGCUGCUCAAGCAAACACCCGACCUCGAUAAAGUGCUCCCAGAAUGGCUUGGUCUCACAAUUACGCCUGUUGGCGAAUCACCGUUGACUGCGGCUCUGAUCAGCAAGAAGAUGGACAUCAUCACCUACCUUUUCAGCAAGCUGCCCAAACUUAUGAGCACUGCUGUCGAUGAGCGAAUUAAAUUCCUCGGUGUCAACACAGUUUCUGUUGCAGUUCAGCUAGGUUGCGACAAGGAAAUCGUGGACUUCCUUCUCGCUCAAGACAUUUCACCUGCAGAGAGGGAUCAGAACCGAGGAUGGAAUAUAUUCCACUACAUGGCCGACAAUUCGUAUACGAAUCACAAUGCAAGCCACUUUGGCGUGCUCGCAACGGACGUACUCGCAACGGCAACCCAAUCACCGCGUCAUCAACUGCUUGAACACCUCUUGAAAGAGCUGCCCCGUGAUGUCGUCGAAGCGUUGUUGGCCCAACAGUCUUACGGACGGCAAAACACUCCCCUUCAUGUCGCUGUUCAAAACGGCAAUCUCGAGGUCGUCAAACAGCUGCUCAACUUCUCGACCGCAACCGUCCUUGUCCGAAACGUCGCUGGGUCGAUUCCGCUCCAUCUUGCCAUUCGUCCAGGGUACCCCAAGAUAGCCCAGUUGCUCAUCAACGCCGCUCCUGAGGGUCUUUAUAUGGAAAACGGGGUUGGAGAGACGCCUUUGGAGAUGGCGGGACUGCAGAAUAUUAUUUCCCAGAAAGCACAGCUGCAACAGCGUGCGGGACGAAUUGGGGAGCUCGGCGGACCGGUGGAUAACCCGCCUCGCAUCGUGAUCCCUUGGUUGGAGUCUGCAUUGCCAAGACUGCGUUCGACGCUCGAUUUGCUUGCGACGACUGGCGCACUGGAAAGUCAGUCACCCACCCACAGCAGCCUGACCGGCUUUGUGGAGUACAUGGAAAAGCAGUUGGUCGCGACCAAGGCACGUGUUGUCACACCCACGUUGGCUGAGCCGGCAAUCGAACGUGCCAACUCGAGCGAGGUAUUCGAGGUCAUCCGCAAUUCCAUGGACACCUUCAGCGGCCAGCGGCUUCUGGUGCAUCUGCUCGACGUGCAAGCCUCUGUCCAGAACAGCUUGGCUCGCCUGCAACCAGAGGUGGACAAGAUCGGGCAGUGGGCAGGGAAGAACGACAACUAUUACUCGCGGCGGCGGCAGCGGCAGUUAAAGGCACUGGCUAAGGCAGAGGGCGGUCUGGAUGAGGAGGAGGAUGCUGAUGCGCCAUUUGUUCGCAACAGUCUGAUCUUCCCGCGCCUAAAAACGGGCCCCGACCCGUACUAA